AUGGAGUUGGGAGGAUACGGCCUUGGAUACCGAGGCAUGUGUCGAUUCCGCUCUGGGCCAAUGUUUACCCAGCCUGUUCUGACACAUUUUGAUUACGCUUGGACUCUGGACACGGAUGGCUACUUCCCAGCUGGUAUUCAAUCCGAUCCUUUCGAGAUUAUGUGGAGGAAAGGGCUGGUGUAUGGAUAUUCCCACGUAUCGCGAGACCAGGCCUCAGCUGUUCAGCAUUUUUGGGAAUUUUGCCGCUUGUAUUUUGAGACGAAGGGGCUUGACCCAAAGAGCACUCCGAUGAUGCGACGCAUCACAGAUGCUCUUGUUCUUCGUGACACCUACUGGCACGAGUGGAACCGUGUGUUGUUCAUGAACGACAUUGAAAUAACCCAGUUGUCGUGGUUCCGAGGAGACCAGUACCAAGAUUUCUUCAGGUAUCUGGAUUCCGUAGGUGGUUUCUGGCUCUACCGUUGGGGAGACCAUGCGGUGCGCACGAUUGCCCUCGCGCUGUUUUUAGACCAGGAUAAGUUGCUCAAGAUGGGCGUCCCGUAUGGCCACCAGAACACUUGCCGAUGCGGCGAUGAGCAUCCAGAUAAGGUUUGCGUGCGGACAAAUGCUUCUGAUUGGUGGCAGUGCCUUCCAGCAUCAGAGGCACAACUUGUUGCUGGAGGGAAAGAGGUGGCGAGCGGAGACAUCGGAACUGUCCAUGAGGGGAUCUUGUUUGGCGGCUUGUGA